AUGGGAGAUAACGCUCUCUUCUUCUACGGCAAGACCCAAAUACCGCCGAGUACCCUUAUGGCCCCACAGAUCCUCCACCGAGUGAUCCACGGCCAAGCAGACCCAGAGCCCUGGCAAAAAGCCAUGCUAAGCUUCCAGCCUGCAAUUCUACACGGCUACCGACGCCAUCGCGUGCGGGGUGUCUCUUACCCAGGAAUUGUACGAGUGGCCAACACAGAUGCAAAGACAGGAAGUCAAAGCUCUGUCCUAGGAAUCCUCGUGACAGGCUUGACAGACGGUGAUAUCUACCGUCUGGACAAAUUUGAAGGGUCCGAAUACACGCAUCGAAAAGUCACCGUGCGAACUUUGCCUAUGGGCAAAGGUGACGAAGUUCAACCCGGAAAGACGAAAGUUACUUCCAAUAAUGGUGACGAAGAGCAUUUGAAAGAGGCUCUUAAUGCGGCUAGUGCUGGUAACACGUCUUCGUCUGGAGGGGAGGAAGUGGAAGCUACCACCUAUGAGUGGAUUGCUGGUAUGGAUCGGCUUGAGGAAACCGAGUGGGAUUUCGAGACGUUUAAGAAGGAAAAUCUGGCUUGGUGGGUGGGUGCUGAUGAGAGCGAGUGGUAG